AGUCCCUUUCGGUAAUUUACUCACUAGCUCUUUACUUGUCUCGGUAUUUAUAUAGAUUUGAAUUUUAAAUAGUUGGCUUUGAUCAUUACUGAAGAAUGAAACAAGAAAAGUGUUUCGGACUCUUAGCAUUAGUUAAGCUUUAUAUUAUUAUUUUUAUAUAGUGAGAAAGUUCUAACCUAUAAUACCAUUACAUGAAAUUGACGUAUAAAGUUCUGUUUGUCAAUCAGUAUUUGCAUAAAUAUUUGAAUAAUGUCUUGAAUCAAAUUGACAUGAAUUUACCUAUUAAAGAUGGGUUUUUCAUAUAACUCUUAUAAUGGAUUGCUUAUUUUGGUGGGGUGUUUUUAUGCAAUGCCUUAGUACGAUAGCUCAAAAUUUCUGGUGUGCGCGUCUGUCAUGGCGGUAAUAGAUUUUUUGAGUGCAUUUUAAAAAAUGUAGAACUCGUUUAACCGAUCUAAAUGUCGAAAUCAAAAUAUGUUUUGCAAUAAUAAUCAUCAAAGAUAAAAAUCUGUUUGACAUCUGUGUUAUCAAAAUAUACUAUAUAGAUAUACAUUGGUCGUAAUAAGCAGCGAAACGAUAUUUUUUUACUUUUAAUUUCCCUACCUCGUAAUUUGUCCAAACAAUAUUUUUAGAAAUGACAUCUUGUUAAUUCUGUAAACAUUCCUGUUUUGAUAAAUCAUAACAGAGAGGGGCCAUAAGAUUCGUUGUUUCAUUAUAAAUCAAUUGGUUUUGAUGAAUGCAGUGAAGAUAACAAUUAUUGCCACCUGCUGCUUUCACUAAAACAUUAUUAUAUUUUUGGCGUAGGAAGUUUGUUGAAUACACAUUAUUGAAUAUUACUAUUAUAUUGCGUAUUGGUGCGACCUUGUCAUUCCAAGUUAAUAUCAUAAUUAAUAUUGUCAUUUUCUACUUUUUGUUUAUCGUUUCUUCAUUACAAAAAACUACAUUAUUAUCGAAACAAUCACAACAAACAUUGGAAUAAUGAAAACUUCUUUUCAUUAAAUCAUAAUAUAUAUUAACACCAAAAAAUGCCUUAAUGGUCAAACAAAGUAAUAACUAGGAUACAUUUAUAUAAAACCUAGAUAUGAAACUAAAUUUUCCAAAACAUUUUGAGAGAUCAUAGAAAGAACAAUUACAAUGGAGCCCUUAUUACAAAAUACAUCAGUGACACCAUUGACUACCUCAGCAAAUAAUACAUCUACAGUCUACUGCAAUGGAACUUGUCAGACAAGCGAACCAUUUGCUAUAUCCACGAGAACCGUAUACGACGAUGCAUUAGAGGGUCUAGAAUAUGUCAAUAUUAUUCUUUUACCAACAUGUCUUGUAGUUGGAGUUUUUGGAAAUCUGAUCACAAUAUUCAUAAUGAACAGCAAAGCCUUUUCCAAAAUGGGAUCCCGAUAUUUCCUUGCAGCUUUAGCUGUAUCAGAUGUGACUCUCCUUCUAGCCCAACCAUUCAACAAGAUGUUUGUCUUAGAGCUCUUCGGACGCGAUCUACGUGCUUUAUCCGCUGUUGGUUGUAAAUUAUUCUUUUGGUUCUUUCGAACGGGGAAAAUGACGUCGUCGUGGUUUGUUGUUUAUUUAUGUCUGGAAAGAUUCACGGCAGUCCUGUUCCCGUUUAGGGUAAAGAUCUUUUUCAGUAAGCGAAACUGCCUGAUAGGAAUCGUAGCUGUUUAUUUUGUCAUUGGCGGCUUUAAUGCCGGCUGGACAUAUUGUUCAAAGAUUGACAGCAAAGGUGUAUGUAAUCCUGAUAGUUUUGAUAGGAAGGACCCACAAGCAGUUACAUUAUACAGGAGUAUGCUAACAGCCGGUUCAAGUCUUUAUUCUCUGAUUCCUAUAAUCAUUAUAGUAACAGUCACACCCAUUAUUCUUGUCAGCUUAGGAAGACUAAGCAAAGCUCGGAAGAAACUGACAAAUACAAAAGGAAACAGCUCCGAUCUAACAAGGGCCACGACAAUGUUGGUUUCCGUCAUGGUUUCAUACGUCAUAUUUGUUACCCCGAUCACAGCACUGCAUAAUAUAGCUUUCUACAUAGGCGUAGAUGCUUUUGGACAAAAUACAAAGAAAUUUCUAAUCUUUCGGGACGUCUCUCAAAUAUUGGAACAGCUUAAUUAUACCGUUAACUUCUUUCUGUACGUCUGUUCAUCUCGUCCAUUUCGAGAUGGAGUAUCACAGAUUCUGCGACUCGAUAAAAUAUUUGAAAGCCUCCAUAGAUUGACCUCAAGAAUCCGAUCAACUGAUUCAAAAACAAAUUCGUCUAAGAUUUCAAAACUAUCUGACAAAGGGACACAAGAAAAACAAAAAUCAUUAGACGAAGAGAAAGGAGCAUCCUCAUCAGAAGUUUUGCAAGAUUCUGGACAGAACAAAACCAGUGCAUGUUCACGAGUGUGUAGCGAGACUCAAGAGCAAGAUAAUGAAACUGGUGCAACUUCACCGGAAGGAAGCGCGACUUCAUCGGAAGAUAAUGAAACCGGAAUGUGUUCACCAGAAGGUUUUGCGACUACAGACGAAAUUAGUAACAACACAGUCAUUUAUAAUAAUGUCCCAUGAUUAACAUUUGAAAAUUGUGAGGAAUGUUAUGUAAAUAUGUAUGUAAAUUAUUUAUUUAAUAUUCAUGAUGUAAGUAAAUAAAAGAUUUUCUUUUCAGAGAAAACAAAAAACUCUCCGCAUAGAGAUUUGUGUGCUAGAAUUAAUUUGUAUGCAAACUACAUUUGAUAUUGUUACCCCUUAAUCUAGAAAAUAAAUGUUUAAACGAAUGUUUUUGAUAUUAUGUUGGUUUGUUUCAGAUAUCAAUGGGUUAACUGUAUAUUUUGCUCAAACACUCACUUUUAA